GUCGAGCGCUCCCAGCUCACAACAACAAAUCCGAUCGGCGAAUUCGGACGGCUCGGAGCGGAUGCCCGUCUUUCCGUGGUGGACGUGUGUUUAGCGUGAUGGAACCUUGGAAACAGCGUUAAACGGGCGUUAAAGGUUCUUGCAGCGUUCUCCGGUGAGCACUAUGCUUACAGGCAGCAGGAUGUCGUCGCCGAAGGCCAACAAAAAGCACGGCAAGCGGCACCACCACCGACGGCAUCACCAUCACGCACACAGCGUCCUUGCAAGCUUGGAGACAUCGCAGCACCACAUUCUGGAAAGGGUGAAAAACGACCGAGUCAUUGUGACCGGGCCAGAAGAGGACCGCCGGAGACGCACCAUCAUCGUCGAGCGUCGCAAGGGCUCUUUUGGUUUCACACUCCAGACGUACGGUAUCCACCACAAGCGGGACGGAGAGAUAGAGCUCAUCACCUACGUGGACUACGUGGAGUACGACGGCCCGGCGUUCCGGGCAGGUAUGCGCCCCGGGGACGUGAUCCUGUCGAUCAACGGCCACGACAUGGAGCAUGUGGACCACAAGACCCUGGUGCGUUUCAUCCAGGGCUGCGAGACCACCAUGAGGAUGGUGGUGCUCUUCGAGGACUGCGUUCACAAGGUCGAGCUGCACAUCAAGUACCUCCGGCUACAGCGGUUGCUCCAGGACAAGAUCACGGAACUGCACGGCCUCUGCGAGAAGGAGCGGCAGCUUGUGCAGACGUGGCGAGAGCGGGGCGCCAAGAUCCCGCCGGCAACGACGUCCGACGCGUGCCAAGGCGACCGCCGCGCCUCCGUCGCCGGACGGGAGGGGGCGCUGUCUCCGCCCUGGUCUCAGGAAGAAGACGCGUUUGCGUCGGCGGCGCACAUUCUUUCGGUGUCUCCGUGGAACCGCCACAGCUUCAAGAUUUCGUCCAUCCACUCGGACCGUAGCUUCAACCAGUUGGCCACCACGGCAAACUCCACGUCCUCCACCACCCAGCCGUCCCCGGUGUCGCAGCAGAAACAGUUUGCGACGCUCCCAAAGGCGUCCGCGGCGGCGCGCAAGAAUGCGUCGCGGAGCCUGCCCAGCAGCACCGUGCCGACGCCAAAGGGCUCCUGGGACGGACUGGAGUCCCGUUGCAGCACGGACUUCUCGCGAAGCACCGGACUCUCUGAGAGCACGGACUUCUCCGAGUCCGGGAGCGUCGAGUCCAAGCUGUCGGCUUCGAGGCGUUCGGUCAAGGAGGAAGAGGCUGGCCAGGCGUCUUCGUGCGUCGUCCGACGAGAGGCGUCCGCGGAGAAGGUGGAAGUCUCGGACCGGGACGAAGUCACGAGGCUGUGAGGUCUCUCCGCCCGUAUAUUUUAGGCUCGACUUGAUUUUGUUUUGUUUUUGUACCCGUGCGAGCGUUUUAGUGUGCCUGCUUGCGUUUUGGCCAAUCCGUCGUUGCCGUGCACGCUCGGAAGUACGCGAUUCUGGAUUCUCGCAAAGCUCGUGGUGGCCGAUCGUCGGAGCUCGUCUCAGGAAGCCGGCAGACUGCGAGACUGAGAUGGCGUUUCAAUUCUCGGAAGUGCGAGCUGCGAUUCGGCACCCGAGAGCGCGACGUUUACGUGCCCUGAAGCUUGGCAGAGAUCUCGUUUCUGAGCCCCGACAUUGUUGGUGCCUCGUCAUUUGCCCUACUCCCUCCGUAAAUCGCAGACAGACUUGUUGUGGGCACUGUGGGAAAGUAUACACGCAGACAUUGUUCGUAAUGAACAAAGGGUGGAAGAAAACGAUGACGGAUGACUGAAACCGCCUCUAUGGAAGUUCUGUUUUGUUUUGGCAGCCUCUCUCAUUUUUCUUUUAUUCGAGUUUCUGCUCUGCCGUGUUCGUUGUCCCCCUACGCUCUACAAAGGUCUGGCGUGUCUACUUUACCGAACAACUAGUAGAGAACCAAUCGGAACGAUCUACGAUGGAAGCCCGGCGAAUGACGAGGCCUGGAAAGCGUUUCAGCUCAAAAGCAAAGCUUAAGGUUCUCGUCGCAUUUAGUGUCUAAAUGCACUCUCCGCGUCAUCAUUCGCUCUCCGGGAAAGCAGGCGCAUAAAACAGUGGGUAAGCGCGGCAACUUCUUGAGCUUUUCUGAAGCUGUGCCAAGGACAGACAGAGCUGGGCUUCGAGUGUAACGCUUCUGUAUCAUAGAUUCGGCUCGUGCACCUCACAAACUUUGUGAAGUGGUCGAGAGCCACAAAGACGUCCUCUAGGGGGUCGCACCUUGCUUUUAUUGUAGGUACGUCCAAGUUCGUCUUGCCGACGAUGUCUGGUCAUCUGGGUGCGACGUUUUCAUCACACCGUCUCAUGCCACCGGUCAUGCCCCUUUGGUUGGAAUCUAUUGUCUUGGGACGAUGAAACCUGUCGCGCUCUUGAAAAUCUGGCGUGCAGACGACGUCGUUCGAGUUGGGCGUCAGGCUUGCCAGACCCUGGGGUGUUGUGUUUGUCAGUUUGUCACAAAGGGGAGUAACUGCUGCCAUAUUAAUGCCAUUUCACCUCACUGCAAUGCAUUGCGAGUAGUUUCCUAAGCUUCUCACUUCACCGCCUGCAAUGAACUUUGCUUUCCAUUGUCUCUAAUUUUGUGCCUUUUUUAGGGUUAUGGAUUUUCACCUAAAUUUACAAAAGGGUUUUCAAGACUAACUUUGGUGCUCAUCAAAGAGACUUAUAAUUUCGUUUGAUAAUUUUUCAGGAUGCAGUUUCAAAGGUGCUUAGGUACUCAGUUUGUUUAUUUGCUGUGAAGCUCAGUCUUUUUUUCUUCUGGGCUUUUCGGCAUUUUAAAUGGCCUUUCUGAUUUUGGUAUAACACACUCUCAUUUUCCUACUGCAUCAACUAUUUGCUGCUAAUUGUCGGUCAAUAACUGAAUAUUGGCUGUUGUAGAUGCCUAUAGUUAAAUGUCCAUAAUUGCUUGGUCCGCAAGUUGCGCUUGGUCGUGCGUUGCGUUUCCGCAAGUCAUCGUAAAGUAUCGGCUGCUUUAGGAUGCAAUCCGCUAGGCCUCCGGGACUAGAAACUUUUCCUUAGUGUCGAGUAUUGUAGUAGCUCGAUGUAUAUGAAAUACUGUAGUCUGUUACAUGUUCAGAAUGGCACCAAGCCCUCUACCACGAAGCUCACCGUGAUUGGUGAAUUUCUCCUCUCCAGCGUUCGUCCUGCUGAAAUGCAAAAAGUGGAGGGCUUUGUGGGAGGGGCCAGUCCUGCUGUUGCUAAACUGCAACAGACUACGGUUAAAUUAUUGCCUUGGAGACAUUAAGAUUUCCAAAUGGCCAACUUCGGCCAAAACUACCUUCGAGUUCUGUCGAAGGUGCUCCAGUCCCUUUCACAAUUUUGUAUUUUUUCUCCGAUAUAGUCGCCCUAUUUACACCCAACUUGUUUCGUAUUUAUAGUUUCAUAGUGACAGGCGCUGUUGCGCGGUGCGUUUUUCGUGUUUGUUCUUUCUCCCGGCCGUCUCGGCGAAUUGCCGUCGACUUUAUAGGCCGCUUAUUUUUAUUGUCGAACCACUUUCAUUAUUUAUAUAUAUAUAUAAGGUACUUAUUCCAAUCCAGGUGCCCAAUGCAGUAGUCAGGGAUGCACCGCAUUUUUCUAAUCAAAGUGUACAUAAAGAGCUCGCAUUCAAGCGUUUUUUAUUAGUUGUUUUUAAGUUUGCGUCGAUACCAGUGAGUAACUCCGUUGCAGGGUGUACUGCUACGAGUCUGACUCGCAAGAUGGAAGGGGUUCGCCCUGGAAUCGCCUACGAGUAAUUUUUUUGGGGGGCUAUUUUUUACGAAGAUAUUUUGGGAGCAUUCCUUCUGAAUGGAUCUCUUGGGGGAGGCACAGUACAACAUUUUUUCUAGUCCACACUCGGUAAUCUUCCGGGCGCGUAAGCGCACCAGUAAUAUCGAUUUACGUAGGCUUUUUUCGAUCGAAGUAUUUUCAGUAGUGUCGCCUUUUAGAAAGGCUACAGGGAUGCGUCUUUAAAGAUGCUUGCUGUAACCUGUUUCACCUCACGACAGGCCACAGAAGACGCUACAAGCCAUCAAAGCCAAUCCAUUGCCGUAGAAGUGCCCUUCGGAAGGGGUGCAGCGACGUGUGGGGCGCGCAGUCAAGCGAUACAUUCGCAGCACUGGACUGGCUUGUAGCACUUGCUGCGGCACCUCGUAAGGUGAAAUGGACUACAGUGGGGCAUUCAGGCCCUCCAUUUUAAGAGUAUCUGCUGGUUCAGCUUCCUGCAGGAGCUCUACAUGUCUGAACAAACUCUUUUUUACAACUGAUGCUAGAUGUUCACAAUUUUGUUUCCCUCAAUAUUGUUACCUGAAAUAAAGACUACCACAACAGU